GUUCAGUUCAGGGAGCUUUCUGCUUCGUAUUUUUGCCGGAAGUGGAAUCAUACAUAUAUUUGCCGCUCUGCCUUUUCAAUCUGUGCCCCCUUCUGUAGCAAAGCUCCGUCUCUCGCUUUCUUCCGUCAAUGGCAUCUCUGCUAACGUCUCCAUCUACUAAGCAGUACUUGGCAUCCUCGUCCCUUUUCCAGCACUGCAAUCAAAGCCGAUGUGCCUACAAAACAACUAACCUCUCCUUCUCCUCUUCCUCUAUUUCUCUGCCUCAGCCCCAGCAAGGGUUUGCCAAUAGUCCCACUCUUACUACCGUCGGGAGGUCCCGCCGCCACUCAUCGUCGUUUCUGGAAGCACCGGAAGCUGUUAGGCAUCUCGUCGGAUCACUUAACCGAACUGAAGGC